GCUGCUUGAACCUUGUAACCCUUUCUUCCAAGCAGCAUGGCAUCCACACAGUACAGGUACAGAGCAAAUAACCCACGUUGAAGAUGGCCACGAAGCGAGUCAAGCUCAGAAUUCAUCCUAAAACCUUCUGUGAGGAGGAUCUGAUAGUGAACAUUGACGCUCUGAAGCUACAGCUGGCAGUCGGAGAUGUCAUUGAACUAGCGCCCUGUACAGAGAACGGACAGACGCCACAGUCUGGGCCGUUCCUACAGAUAGAGACAGUGCCGCAGGAGCUCCAGUCCAAGGGAGGUCCUCUCAGUAUUAGCCGGGAGAUUGCGGGGGCGUUUAGCCUAGAGGGUGUGAGGGAAGUGCGUGUGAAACGUGUGGAGAGGGAGGAGGUGGGGCUAGACCUCGUGGAGCUGCGGAUUAAGGACCAAUGUCUGACGCGUAGUGACAUGUGGAGGUUCACCAGUUCAUUGGCGGACAAGUUUGUGCAUACUGGCAAGAAACUGGACUAUGCCGGAGUCCGCGUGACAGUCUCUAGAUUAUGGUCCCAACAAGGGGCAGUAGUGUUGUCCGGAGCUGUCCUCAGUCGAACAAGGGUUGUUUUCCGCUCUGCCUCGGUGCAGUUGGUCCUCUACAUACAGAUUAGCGCUGAAAUGUGGCAUUUUGAUCCAUCAGGGGAUCUGUACUUUGACAAGGCUGUGGGGGGUUUCCUGAAGGAAUUGUUCCAGCACUGGCAGGAUGAGGGAUGCAAUCACGAGGUAACUUUGCUGUUCUUUUGGAGGGCAUUCUACGACAAGAGUACAAUGGAGGGACUGUCAGAGGAUGUGAAGAGUUCAGUGCAGAGGGACAAGAGAGGAAGGAACUAUGAGGACUUUUACAAGGUGAUAGCUGGUGGGGAGAGCUUUGCUGACUGGAGCUCUAAACUAGUUGAUAUUAAGAGAACAUUCACUCAUCUCAAGACCUCACUAGUCAAGGAGAGGGGGGAAGGGAUGGAACUAUCUAGUGCUGCCGAGGGCAACGUGCUGGAGGCUAUCAAUCUGGCAUUGAACUUGUUCCAGAAGCAUUAUAUGGAUUGUAGCUUCUCUAUGACUGGACAUCAGGUCAUCAUAGUCACAGCUGGAGCUGGUAUAUUCGAGGUUGACCAUGAGUUGACUCGACUGACCAACGAGAGGAUCAUUAGUGGGGGCGUGGCUACGGACCUCGUCUGUCUCACUGACCAACCCCUCCACGCUGUACCCCUCCUUAAGUUUCAAGAUGGGCAGGAUAAUUCGGACUACUAUCACAUUCCAUACUGGAUCAACUACUCAUUCUAUAGCCCCUCCCAUUCCAGGAACUGGUUCCGGUUUCAGCCACGCCUCCAACUAUCGGAUCACUUGGUCAACGCCCACCUCAGCCGCGGCCAACGAAGGUACAAGGGGAGCAAGCUGUACAACCCCUUCAUUGUUACCAGAAGUUCUGAUGACUCGAGAUCAAAGGCUUUAGAGGAUAGACUUUUGAAUAGGGUGGAUUGUGAUGAGUACGAUGCGUCCGUCUUCUCCUUAACCCCUAACCAAGGGGUUAAACCACAAAUGUCAAGUACAGGACGACCAGUAUUGGCCAAGACCCAGCGCUCUCGUUACCAUAGCACCGGAGAGUCAGCCCCUCGGCAAUCACCACCACCAAUCAGAAGAGAUCUCAACGAUCCAUUUGAUGACUCAGAGCCAUUAAGUCAAAGCCCUGGAGCCAGGAGCAUUGGGAGCGUGCAAAUAGCAAAGGAGAAUCCAAUCAACACCUCGUUCGAUGCCACCUCUUUAAGAAGAAUUCCUCCCACAGGUCGUUUUAUGACAGAAGAGCCGAUAGACUCGUCUGUUAAAAGUGGGCGUGGCUUCCUUGUUGGCAGUGCCGAGUCUCUCCAUCACUUGAAGCCAUCGGAUAUUCCCACACGGAGGAACAGAUCUCUCAUUAACCCCUUCAAUCCCAAAUUACAGCACACGGACUUGACUGCGCAUCACAGACGUUGGUCACAUGUAUUCCCUCGAGACAAGGCGGGGGUGGCGUUUCAAGUGCAUCAUGUGAUCAAGGAGGAGUCACAAGACAUGUCACAUGACUUGCAUCGCUCGAGCAGCCGAGAAUCAGCAGCCUCGCUAAAAUCACAACCACACUUUGAGAACCAAAGCCUCGCCUCUAGUUCUGGACUGAUGAUGAGCAAAGCCACGGAUUCUAUUCACUUGCAAGAGGACCAUUACUCUGACCCGAAACAGAGUCCCAUUCUAAGGGGGCGUGGCAAGGGAGAUUCCCCAGCGUUGAGUGUGCGUGGUAGGGGGGAUUCCCCACAGUUUAGUGUGCGUGGUAAGGGAAAUUCCCCACAGUUGAGCAUACGAGGAAUCAACACAACCUCCUCUAAACUUCCGAGCGAGAAUUUUGCGUCGGCACGGCGACAGGGGGCGGAUUGGCGCUCACUGACAGAGCCGGCUUGUCUGCCAGUGACUACAGAUUAUUUUCCAGGACAGAAAAAGUUGGCCAACGAGUUUUACGAGUAUCACACCACGAUGGUUGCCAGUACGUAUAGUUACCGGGGGGAGGAGUCAUCCGGAGAGAAGAGUACUCCUGCCUGGAUCACAGACCAUCAAGAUGUGAGCACGUUUCAAGUGUUCUCUGAAAUGAUCUCCCAGAGAAUAUCUCAGGGCUUCCAGCUUGUGUUUGAGCCUCACGGUCGUCAGAAGGGGGGUGGUCAGGAAACCAUCUUCUCUGUCCACAAAGCGCUGACUCAGCUCCACGAGGAGGUAGCCAACCGUAAGAAGAGAGGUCGACUGGGAGAUGUCACCGUGAGGCUGAGUCUGGGCAGAGUGUUCCAACUCAUGAAGCUCAACUACCCAGACCUGGUCGUGUGGACCUACAAACCAAAGUCACGAGAGGUCACUCUCCCAAUCUCCUAUACGUACCAGGUAUCCACGGCAACAGGGUCAAAGUUCAUGACACAGCAAGCGGAGUUCUGUCACACUCACACAGAAGACUACAACUGGAACUAUCUCGAUCAACACAUCUGUGGCUACCCAGACUUUGAGGAGCUUGGAGAGUCACAGAAGUACUGGCGGUGUCGCUAUCUCCUCCUCCCCUCCGGGACCACCGCCCACUCACACGAGGGUGUGGAACACUGGGCAUCCCUCAUCGCCAACUUUGUUCGUUUCAUUGAGUUCCUUAAUCACAUCAAGAGAGGGGACAAACCGGGAAGCAGACAGUCCAGUCUGGGGGUGGGAGGCCUGAAGCGUCAGGUGUCCCUGCCUGCCUCGAUUGCCUCUGGCGAUAUGUCCACCUCUAGUAGAGUCUCCACACCAUUUGAGCCGCAGUCCAACCCCCACUCUCCGCUGCCACGCUCGGGUAAUCGUCUCUCUGAGAUACAAGAGGAGAAACAACCGCAAUCACCACGCCCUGACAGACAGAGAGCACCUGACAAUGGGCUGAAAUUCUCCGAGUUUCUUAGCAACCGGCCCACCUCCCCUUAUCUCGCUUCAUCACAGCCAAAAUCAGAAUCAAGAAAAGGAGGGAUUAAUUCAUCCAGUUCAAUGUUGAGCGUUAAAUCGGACACCAAUCGAAAACAUCGACGAACUAGCUCACAUGAUGCAGAUCUACAGAGAUUUAAGGAAAUCGAUCCAAAAUUAAAAAUGAGAGGAAGUCCCCAACUGCUACGGAAGACACAAGGCGGUCAGGCGUGGAAACAAGAGCCGAGUGGAUCAAAAACUACCAGUCCAUCGCAUUCUAAGAAUGAACGUAAAGUGACAAAAAAAUCUAACGAUGGGGGCAUGCCCAUUGAGGUGACUCCGCCCACUCCGUCAGAGGAUAGUGUCUACAGUAUAGCGAGUGAGAGGUCUACUGGUACAUCACUGGAGUCCUUCUAUCAGAUCCCCCUCCUCAACUCCUCCUCUCCUGUGCAGCUGAUAGCAACGGCCAUGGCAAGCUCUGAAGAUGGAAUCGACUUCCUUAGUAAUCUACCAGGGCUCAAGAGCUGUUGUUUCGUUGCCAUGGAAGCUGUCUCCUGGGUAUUUGAAAAAAUAUCUGGAGUGCAGAGCAGAGGAGAGGCAGUCAAACUACUCCAGUGCAUGGUUCAGGAGGAUCUGGUGAUCCAUGCCUCAGGGGAUCUCCACAUCCCCUUCAUAGAUGGCUACUUCCUCUACCAGCUGCCUCUGAGGGAUAGUCAGGAACCACCCCCCACUGACCCACACAAGGACAAGGACAAUGUCGAUAAAUCCUUUGUGUUUGUUGAGCCAAUGGAUUAUGAGAAGUUCACCAAGCGAUGGUUUGAGGUCAGAGUUCACCACCCCCUGGCCAGCACAGACGAAUCAACACUGCUAACGGUAGGGGCCUCCCCCUCAUCCAUGACGUCCUUUCCUGCCUCCCUUCAGCGGAGUGGUGCCGCCCCCUACUACAUGCACUUUGAGGGAAAGGAACACGGAGAAAUUCCUUCGUCAAUGCUCAAUCGGUUUGUGGAGAUGAACCCUGACCCCCAGACUCGCAGCGAUCGUCCCGAGUGGUGCUACGUUCGUUAUGACCACGCCUACCGACCACAGUGUGCCUUCCAGCUGGAGUUCCAGUGGAUGGUGGCCACCAUGAACCUACUCAACCAACUGAUUCAGAACUGGGUGAGCAAGGCCACUAGGUGUGGUUUCAGUCUAGUACCUGCUCCCAUGGUCCCCUCCCUUACUGCCACCUCACAUCCGUUCAGUCAGCAACAGUUCAUACCAUUGCGGCUACCCCCCACCUUCCCGUACUGGUCAUGUGACACCACACCACUCUAUAAACUGUUCAACUCGCUACUAACAAAGUUCUCGUUUCUCCUCGACCCGGCCACCCUCCCUCAAUCUUCAGACGUCCUCUUCUCACACUACAGUUCAGGAGAAUUCACUUCACGUCUCUUCAUCCACACGAGUGGCGUGGCCUUCGUGCAGCCGUUCUGCGACCUGGACGAAUCCGAGAGGGCAACAAUGUCACAUGACAAACAGAAGACGGCGGCAGUGGACAUCAAGGGGGGUCUACGAGAAACCCUGAGGCAGCUCUCUGUUCCUAUCGGUAGUAGCACUCCUGUGGGCGGCUCUCCUAACGAUGGACUAUAUAUACCCCCCAUAGAUGGGGUCAAAGGUCAGAGUAGGUGUGGCUUCUACUGGUAUCGGAACUACUUGUUACUACGUCAGAAUGCGACAUCACAAGAGAACCACGGCAAAAUGCUAAGGCAGCUGACGGAAUUCUGCACUGAUGUGGAUGGUGGACUCACUGAACUUUGUAAUUUGAUGGACUAUGACACGCUAUGAUUAUAGGAUAAGAUAGGAUCAUAGGGACUGAUUUUUAUGCCAUUAUAUCAAAUUUCAUAGUACUUACAAAUUUACCAUUC